AUGCCUGAACAAUCACCGAAAAGCAAAUAUGAUGUUUUACUUGAUAAGUUCUUGGAGAAUGAUAGUUUAUGGGAAGAGAAUGAAUGUGAAGCAAUGAAGCGUUGGUUGAACGAAGCAGAAAAUAAUAUACGCACUCAGUUUCUAAAUCAUAGAGGUGAUUCGAUACAUAGCAAUAAUCUUAGCAAUAAAGAUCCAGUAUCAAAUAAUACAAUAGAUCAUGAUGCCAUGACUAUGUGUAUAUCACUUCCAAGUGAUUCGUCUGAUGAUGAUUCUCCAAUAGAACAUGAACAAGUUAAGAAGCGUCCGCUCGAUAGCUGUCUGUUCGAAUCUGAAUCACCAUUGACAAAACGAAUUGCAUCGAAUCAAUCGUUCUUCGACGAUGCUUUGGGUUUUGAACUGAUAUCUCUCUCAUCUGGUUUAUGCUCUAGUCCUUCAGAUCAGUCACUUGGUUCUAUAAACGAUGAUAUUGAUAAUAAAUCAAAUAAUCUGUUGGUUUCAUCAAGUUUUAAAAGCAACAUGUUUAAAUUUAAUAUGCGAAUUGAGAUGCAGACUUGCGAAAGAUCUUAUUCGAUUUUACAACAAUCAAAUAUGAAUGAUAUUCUUCCAAAAUAUUUGCCAGGAAAUGUCUUGGUUCAAUCCAAUAAGUCUGAUGAACAAUCAAAAAAAUUAGUCAGCAACAUCAAGAGUAACUUGCUUCCAUCACAGUUGCAAACUACUAUUCAACUUAACAAUCUAAAUUGUAUUUGGCCAAUAGGAAUCUCAUAUCAGCCAGAUUUUGUUGAAUUCGUUGUGACAGACGAAGAAAUGAACAUGUUUUGGGAUACCCUAAAAGACUCAUUUUAA